AUAGGAAUUUAAAUUUUGCUUUAUAAACACCUUGAGCAGGUUCCUAUUCUGCAUUGUUAGAUUGACCCUGUUCCGUGUUCGUGUCCGUUAUGACUAUAAGGAUUAUACAAGGAUAGACCUCAUAAGUGUUGGCUCUCGAACAGUAAAUUGAUGCAUAGAUAUUCAUUCCAGCACAAUGGAAAUGCCAAAGUAUUCGUUACCAGAACUUCCAGAAGGCCAAGGAACUAGAGGAUAUGCUGUCCUGAUUUGCAAUGAAACUUUCAGAAAUAAAAAACUUCCCUACAGGAAAGGUGCUUCACAAGACUUGGAGUACAUGAAGCAAAUUGCCAGACAACUUGGUUUGGAUCAGCUCAAUAAAGAACAUGAUAAAGACUUGGACAAAGAUGAAAUGAAUAAAGUAAUAGAUGACGCAGCUAAAAAUGUCAACAAUACUUCUUGUGACAUGUUUCUGUUCAUGAUAAGCACCCAUGGCGAUGAGCAGGCAAAUCCUCGCAAGAGUGGCCAGAUUGAUCAUGCUCUGAUGUCAAUUGAUGGAGAGUUUAUUUUUGUGUCUGAUUUGGUGGAAAAAUUUAAUGACAAGUAUUGUGAGCUCCUAGCUGGCAAACCAAAGUUGUUCUUCUUCCAAGCCUGCCGAGUCAUCAACCAUUUUCUGUACAUGGAACACCAUUCUGAGAUGCAUUUUGAUGGCAAAAGUGGACAACUUAAGCUUAAAGACAAAGAACACAUUCAUUGGACACCACAUCAUAAUGAUCACCCAAACUUCUCAGAAAGAAUUGCCAACAUUGACCGUGUGGAGAGUUCAAAGACAAAAGACACACUGAAAGCCAAGGAAUUUGAAAUUAUUUGGCUGAAUAGAACAGCAAGCUGCAGCUUCACUGCCGAGACAGACAGUGCAGUGAAUUAUUGGGUUGUUGGACUUACACAACUCAUACUGCCAGGGAAGCCAUACAAGAAACUGCAUAGGAACUUUCUGAAGGUUUCCUCGGAAGUAAAAUCGGGCCUUUUGAGCAUUUGCAAACCAUUUUUGUACUGGCAGACUCCAGAACAUGAUUUAGGAAAAAUUGAUUUACAAGGCAUCAGAGCUGGGAAGUCUCGAUUUCCACCUGAGUUUAGAGAGAAAUAUGCAGAAAACAGAUGUUUUUCUGUUGCACACAAGGUCAUGGAUAAAAAGUACACGUGGCAGCACUUUGUGGCUGGAGAUAAUGUCCCACUUGAAGAUGUCCCAAUAUGGAUCAAAGAAAUUACGUACAUGAUCCACGAUAACAAAAUUGGUGUUGAUGAAGGCAUCUCAGUGACAGUGGCAGAUACUGAAACUGGUGUGCAAGGAGUGACUGUGGUACCACAUGACGCAGAGGCAGACAUUAUGGAUACAACAGAAAGUGAUGCCAUAGGUGGACAUGAUUCAAUAACGCAUAAGAGCAUGGAUAAGUUUGAGGAAUCUCCCUUACCCCAACUUCCAAAGAGAUACGAACCUGCUGAGCAGUUGCUGGUGAAUGUGAAUCCAAGAAAACCCUUACCAUUUCAUCCACAUGCACUCGCACCUGUCUACAAGUGCUACAACGACAUGCUGAUCAUGACUUCUUCUCCCUCUGGCAUGCUUGCUUGGCGAUCAUCCACAGGCAAAAAGGCAGGCUCUUGGAUGAUUAGAUUCAUCAAAGAAGAGAUAGAAAAGAGCACGGAAAAGGAGAUUUUCCUUACGAAAGUUCUCACCAAAGUUGCCUAUGAUAUGGCCAACCAAGAGACAAAAGUCAAAAAUCAUGUGCAUCAUGGCAUGAAGAGUGUGUGCGUUGUUGACCAUCAGCUGCUGAAAGCACUGAUAUUUAGCAAAUGUGCCAUUCAUUCCAUCACAAUGGAAAUACCAAAGUAUUCGUUACCAGAAGGCCAAGAAAGUAGAGGAUUUGCUGUCCUGAUUUGCAAUGAAACUUUCAGUAAAAAACCCAGGCCUGGUGCUUCACAAGACUUGGAGUACAUGAAACAAAUUGCCAGACAACUUGGUUUGGAUCAGCUCAAUAGUGAAAAUGAUAAAGACUUGAACAAAGAUGAUAUGAAUAAAGUAAUAGAUGACGCCGUUGAAAAAGCCAACACUACUUGCUACAUGUUUCUGUUCAUGAUAAGCACCCAUGGCGAUGAGCGGGCAAAUCCUCGCAAGAGUGGCCAGAUUGAUCAUGCUCUGAUGUCAAUUGAUGAGGAAUUUAUUUUUGUGUCUGAUUUGGUGGAAAAAUUUAAUGACAAGAAUUGUCCGCUCCUAGCUGGCAAACCAAAGUUGUUCUUUUUCCAAGCCUGCCGAGUCAUCGACCAUUUUCAGUACAUGGAACACCAUUCUGAGAUGCAUAUUGAUGGCAUGAGUGGACAACUUAAGCUUUCAGACAAAAAACACAUUUAUUGGACAUCAAAUCAUAACGAUCACGAGAAAUUCUCAGAAAAAAAUGCCAACAUUGACCGUGUGGAGAGUUCAAAGACAAAAGGAACACUGAACGCCAAGGAAUUUGAAAUUAUUUGGCUGAAUGGAACAACACACUGCUUCACUGCGGAGACAGGCAGUGAAGUGAAUUAUUGGGUUGUUGGACUUACAGAACUCAUACUGCCAGGAAAGACCUACAAGAAAGAAGGGAAAUAUCUGAAGGUUUCAGAGGAAGUUAAUGCAGGCACUUUGAGCAUUUGCAAACAAGUUUUACACUAGCAGACUACAGAUACAGCCGAAAGUGAUACCAAAGGUGGACAUGAAUCAAGAAUGAUGGAUAUGUUAGUAAACUCUACCUUACCCCCAAUUCCAAAGGGAUACGAACCUGCUGAGCAGUUACUUGUGAAUGUGAAUCCACAUGCAGUGG